UCCAGCCAGGAGGACCAUGCUGGAGCACCACUGACCCCUGGCCGCCAGGCCUGAGCACCCCAGGACACGCCCCCUGCCUCAGCAGGAGGAGGCGGGGUUACUACUUGAGCAGAAAGACCUGGAGUGGAGACAGCUCAGAGCCAUGUCAUCAGGCCAGCAGGUGUGGCACACGGCCAUGCCGCCCCCUGGCCAGAGCAGCCCCACAGCCACGGUGCCCAGGUCCCCCAGCUCAGCCAGCGGCCCCAGGUCUCCCAGCUCGGCCAGCAACCUCCGGUCCCCUGGUUCGGCCAGUGGCUCCAGGUCCCCCCGGACUCCUGGCUCAGAGAAGGUGGCCUCCCCGCUGGAGUGCUCCAUCUGCUUCUCUGGCUAUGACAACAUCUUCAAGACGCCCAAGGAGCUGUCCUGCACUCAUGUGUUCUGCUUAGAGUGCCUGGCACGGCUGGCAGCCGCCCAGCCAACAGGCCGACCUGGCGGUGAGGCUGUGCCCUGCCCGUUCUGCCGGCAGCCCACGGCUGUGCCUGCCGCCGGAGCCCCCGCGCUGCGCACCAGCCGGCAGCUGCAAGCCAGGAUGCCGGCGCACCUGCGGCGGGAAGAGUCGGUGUGGCUGGAGGGCACCAAACUGUGCUGCCGGGCCCCGCCCCCUGCCCCCGGCCUCGCGGCACCCAGCUUCGUGUGCGUGGACGUGGGCCUGAGCAAACCCGCCGAGCCCGCCCCACCCACUCCCAUCCCAGACCCCGCCCACCGCCGCAGCCGCCUGGCCCGCUGCUGGGCGCGCUUGGGGGACUGGAGGCGCAUGGCGCUGGUCACGGCCCUGCUGCUGGUGGUCUUCUGCUUGGUGCUCUGGCCGGUGCAGUGCGCGCUCAAGACUGGGAGCCUGCACUGCCUGACCCGGUCCCGGCCCCCUGGCCACGCCGCCACGGCCACCGUCACCUACACAACCACCUUCUCUCUCCAGCCCCUGGAGGACAACUAGGGCUGUCCCGUGCUCCAUACGUAGGUCCCCAGCCAGCAGCUGGAGUCACAGGUGCAGCAGCUGUUGAGAGUCAGUCCCCCGGAUCCCAGAGGGGCCCUAACAUCUUUGAACGCUACAUUUGGCUCACCUGCCCCCCAGUGUAUGGGGCUGGGUCCUGAUGGGGUGGACAAAAGGGUCCCCAAAGCCUCCAAGAAUCACAGGCUCCUAUGAGCCCCAGAGACCACCCCCUAACUCCCAUCAUACAGAUGGGGAAACUGAGGCCUGGGACAGACAGCCUGGCGAGCAUCCUCCCUACACACAGUUGAAUCGCUCACAGGGGUGGCCCCUCGAGGAGAAGUAAUGGACUCGCCAUCCUUGUCUUUUCACAUUUCACCCACUUCUUCCCCAGACGUUUCCCCAGGCAGGGCUGGUUCUGUUGUCUGGGGGUACUGAUCCUGCCCUCUGACCAGGGGACAGAAUGCAGCGGCAGAGAGCCCAGCCCCCCAGUGCCCAUC